AUGACAGGCAGCCGCGGCGGUACCGAAGUGAGCCGCUUCUGCAGGCAGUGCCAGCAGCUAGAGGCGCAUAAAGACCUCGACUGGCCCUCGGGGCAGGUGCUCAGGGAUGACGAGGCGCAGAGGACACUGUAUGAUGCGCUGUGUGGAGGGACGCGGCCGCUGCCGCCGAGGUACCAGCUGCGGGUGCUGAAGGAGCUUGUAAGGAUAAUCGAGGAGGCGAUUGAGGAUUGGGAUGUCCAUGGCGUGUCGGACGACCUCAUGGGUUGCCUCACGGAGCUCAUGGCACAACCACUACCUGACGAGAUGGUCGCUGUGCAGCAAAAGUCUUAUGUCACUUAUACGCUGUCCCUUUUGGACAAUCUGUCUGGUCCAAACUCGCGGCCACAGAUCACAAUGCUGGAGUCGCGCAACCUCAUCGCAGCAGGGGGUACCACGGGCUUGCGGACAUGGGAGGCCGCGCUGCAUCUAGGGCAAUGGCUCUGUAGAGAGACCACUGCUCUCAACACUGGUGAUCACGGCGAAAGCAACACCACACACAGCAUCACCAUCAAGGACAAGCGCAUCCUCGAGCUCGGCGCAGGCACAGGCUACCUGGCGAUACUGUGCGCCAAGUACCUCGGUGCCGCACAGGUUAUUGCAUCCGACGGCUCCGACGACGUGGUCGCCACGCUGCCAGACAACUUCUACCUCAACGGCCUGCAGGACGACGAGCGGCUCACCGCGUUGGACCUGAAAUGGGGCCAUGCGCUGCUGGGCACGGAGGAGGCCGAGUGGAACGGCGGCCGGCCGGUAGACGUGGUGCUCGGCGCGGACAUCACCUACGACAAGAGCGUGAUCCCCGCGCUGGUGAGCACGGUCGCGACGCUGUUUGGCAAGUUCCCGGGGGUGGUUGUCAUCAUUGCCGCGACGGAGAGGAAUCGCGAGACGUUUGAGGCCUUCCUGGAGGUCUGCCAGAGGCGCAGGUUUGUCGUUGAUGAGGUUGACGACUUUGACGUGCCCAGGCGGAGACACCAGGGCGGGCCAUUCUAUAGUGACAGCGUUCCCAUCAGGAUAUGUAGGAUAUCAAAGACGUGA